AUGUCUGUUCCAGACAUCCUUCCUCCAUCCCCGCCUACGACGUCCUCUAGAAAGCAGCGGCUCCCUUUCUUUCCUAUACCGCCCACAAGUACACCAGACGACUCCCCUGCAUCACAACCGCCGUCUAGUCUAGGCUCGAGGAAGAAAGUUGGCUUUUCGCCCUGGACAGAUAUCCACGAAUCUACCGAAGUCGUGAACCCAACUGACAAGAUUCCUGUACGACCACUACUACCUUCACGCGAUUGCUCAACAUCAAACAAGUCUAUUCUGAAAGCAAACGAUCAAGGACUGGCCGUGCCGUCCUCGCAUGAUGGUCCGGGAGAUGAGAAGCAGUCUUUGAACGAGAUCAUGGAAUCUAUCCUGCACCAACUUGCCAGAAAUGAUAGCACAGAGUGUGUUGACGCCUACCAAACGCUGGCUGCUGCAGUCAAAGCUUAUGAUGAGCUGCCUGAACAGCUUGUGCUCCGGAACAAGCUUCAAUCAAUCACCAAGUCAAUCAAGUUGCACCUUUCCGCACUCGACCAACCUGAGCCGCAGCCUUGCGAUAUCAACCUAGUCACCUCAGCCCUGAAAGUUCUUGUGAUCCUGGUCUGGAACAGCGACUUUGCUCCAUAUCUGAGUGAUGACUUCAGGCUCUACGUUCUGGACCGUGCCAUAAGUACUGUGGUUGAGCACAAGGCUCCCAAGUCUGUCCUGGUGCACUAUCUACAUUUGUUGGCCAUGCAAGACUUCCGCCAGGGAAUACUCACAUCAUCGAGAGCAUCGCGUCUCAUCGAUGGUCUGGCUGUCUUAUCUGAACACGUGAAGGGCAAUGGUGUUGUGUCGGAACGUCUGUUAGUAUAUGGCAGACUCCUGGACCAGGCGAAACCGGUCAUGAAGCUACGAGCAGGAUUUUGGAUCGAACACGUUCUCUCUGCAAUGACAUCGGCGAUUCAGGACACAAGGACAAAAGCGCGAGAAUUGGGCAUGAAAGUCUUUCGAGCAUUCCCUGCAUCCGAUUCAAUUGCCAUCCCGGUCCGAGCUGUGCUAGAUGAUGUGCAGAACGACAACAACAAGAAAGGCUACGCUAUGUGCAAGAAACUUGAGAAAAUGAUUGCCACCAAAGAGACAGCCGAGCAUGUACCACAGAUCUGGGCUGUUGUUAUCCUCUUAUGCUAUUCGGAGAGUCGGCCCAUCGAUUCCUGGUCUGGUUUGAAAGAAUGGCUCAUGGUUAUUCAACGGUGUUUCAAUUCUAGCGACAGCAACCUACGACUACAGGCGAAUCUGGCUUGGCACCGGUUUGUGUAUGCUGCUCGGCCACACGCAGCUACCGACGGCCUAAUGGCAAUGCUGUCGAAGCCAAUCGUGGCGCAGCUUGAACGUCACUCUUCUGACAAGCACACCAAAUCAGCCCAUGCCGCUGCCGUUUCGAGCUAUUGCAACCUCCUUUACUACGCUUUUAGACCAGCCACGUCACCAGCACGACUUACUAAAGCUUGGAAUGAGUACAUCGUCAAAGUCAUGAGGUCCUCAUUCUUCGAAAAACACCCUGCAAACGCUGACAUUGCAUGCCGCAUCCUGAUGGCUCUUCUCUGGAACGUCAAGGCUGGGACGAAAGUAUGGAACGAGAAGAGGGCCCACGAGAACCGGUCAAUCGAGCCGGACGAGCUUCCGACCAUCGACAACAAAUGGAUCAGAGGUCAUGCUGGCAAUAUCGUUGACAUCUUUGAGUUACUCUUCCGAUACAGCUCGUGGGGCUUCGCUGAGUCGUCAGAGCAGGCGUACGUCUCAAGAGCAUGGCGGCAUCUCGUGAAGUCGGUGCGAAGCGGAAGCAACAAGGAGAUCAAGAUGAGCAACGAGACUCGGAUUUCUGUGCUAGCUAUUCUGAGGUUUAUCGACUCAUUGGCUAGUAUCGAAGACCACGAAUCCGGAUUGCCAAGCAAUGUACUGGCCAACAUAACGACGACAGCUAUCGCCGAGCUCGGCACAUCACACGUGCUCGAGGCUCUUGACACCGAUCGAAUUGAAGCAACACCAUGGAUCCUUGGUGCUGUUUACGACCAGCUAAGGCAAAAACUUCAGACAAGCUCAUCGCCUUCGAAACAGCACACCGAGGCUUUCGCAAAACUAGUCGAUCUGUUGGGGAAGCGCCUUGUUGGAGCUUACAAUACCGAGCAAGUCAACCAAGCAGAAGUUGAAGACUUGGUUGCUUUGACUAGUCGAACAAUCUCAACGCCGGCUGAACCAGAGAUUGUUCUAGCAAAGCUACAGGCUGGGCUGUCAUUCUGGUUGAAAGACCAGCGAAACUUGCUAUCGUCUUCCUGUCUCGGCCGCCUGGCUGAAGCAUUUGCUCGCGCCAUGAGUAAAGUCCGCCAAGAAUCAAUCAGAGACUUGGACGUCUUGUUCGCUUCCGCCUUCGCCUCCGUGCACGCUACAGUCGUGUCUUUUGCAGCCACAGCCUGGAAUUCGACAUUCGGCGAAUGUGAGGACAUGCACCUCGGCCCACUUCUGCUCGAAGCAUUUCAACGACUUCAGCCCCAUCUCGAGCUCAAGCUGUCUCCCGAAGUCCUGGCGGAUCUGGGCGAUGAAGUCCACAGCACACUGGCCUACAACACUCAGAAUGUGGGAGAAGCACAUCCCACCUCGGUCGAACAGGAAAGUCGCUUCCCAGAUGAUAGUGACCUGGAUGUCGAUGUAGCUGCUUCUGCGGAUCAAGAUGGCGACACGAGAGAUGCGGUGCAGGAUGUUCAGGAAGUCGAAGAUGAGGUUUCAGAUGUCGGAAAAACAUCUACAAGCACACGCAGACGCCGGCACAACGACUCGCAGACCGAGUUCGUCACUGUCGAUUCCUCCCCUGUGGCGGCAGAUUCAGAGUCUCAAUUCCUGACCGAUCGGCAAAAGGAGGUUCGCGAUCGCCAGCGCAGUGAGCCUGCUGUCGUCUUUCCCGACUUGCGCUCAAGUCCCCGACCUGUUAGCCGAGCUUCAUCUGAGUCACGAGGUUGUGGAUUCGCUCGCAAAGCAGCCACAAUGGUUGAGAGGCCUUCUACCCCCGUACCAGACGCUGCUGAUGAGGCUGAGGCCCAGCCUUCACCUACACCAAAAUCCCGGUAUGUGCGCAAUGUAGCAGAUGUCGAUAUCCCAUCUUCUCCUCCAUCACUUCACGGAGCACCAGACAAAUUACCUGGUGUUCAUUCCGCAGCCCUACAAGCACUGCCACCAACAGCCUCUGCGGGAGCUGGGGAGGACGACGUGACGAUCGAUGAGGAGCAGCCUCUUGAGCAAGAGCACCUCCCCGAGUCUUCCGAUGAAGCAAAGGUCGAAGAGAGCAAUAUCGAACAAGAAGAGCCCAUAGUGGAUGCAGAUGAGCUUGCUCAGGAUUUUGCUCAAGAUAGUACAGCUGAUGCUGAGCAAAGCCUCACAGCUGACAAACAAGUCAUUGAAGCUGAAGGAGAGGGAUCUAGUGCUGGGCAAACACUCCCACGAGCACUUCCCGCGGACUCAGUCGUGGAGACCGUUUUCCGGCAAAAUAAUACCCAAGACGAACCUUCUCACAAGGUAUCAGCAGCUCCGGGUGCAGCUGAAUGGGCGGGCACCCCCUCAGAAGAGCAUGUCAUUGGAUCCGAAGCAUCCCACCUUUCUCAUGCACCGUCUACACCUAUACGAGCUUCAAGCAAAAUCGGUAGCGAUGAGCUCGAGCAGCUAAGCGCCUCCCAGCUGUCGCACGAUCUCGACUGGUCAGUGGUGCUGGAUGGCUUAGACCAAACACCGGCGUCCGUUGUGCCAAUCGAACAGCCUGCUGUCGAGGUCCCGUCUUUACCGGCGAAGUCGCAGGCUGCUCCGACGAGAGUAAGUGGCAGGAAGCGCAAAGCAGCCGGUGCACUGUGGAGUCGCAACAAGAAGACAAAGAAAUCGACUCGCGUCGCUCAGCAGUCUACGGAGAGCCAGGAGCCCAUCGUCAAACGUGAGGAUGAGGAGGAGCUCUACGAUGUGAUUGAGGUGGUCACAAGCUCAGACCCCCCUGCUCCGAGCUCACCUCCAGGAGAUGUGGAACCCGAGGUGUUCGUGGAUGCACCCGAGUCACAGGUAACUACACCGAAGCAGAAGAAGAAGCGUGGGCGCCCAAGGAAGAACGAGAAGGCGGCGCGGUCUGUACUUGGUCUCGAGCGUGGCAGCAGCAUCUCGUCCGGCAGCCAGCGGUCGAGGAGGUCUAUCUAUUCGCAUGAGCCAUCCACUGAGCCCCAAGUAAUUGAGCCACCCACGGAAGACAUCAACAUGGAUGAGGCAGAGAUGACCAUUGCGCAUAGCACAGCGCUACAGGAAGAAGUAAGCACGGUCGACGAAACUGUCGAGCAGGACGAAGCGCUUGUGGCCCAACAAACUCGCGAUUCGGUGUCAGAGCGCAAAGAGAUGGCACCGACCAUGGUAGACCAGCAGGUGCAGACACCAAUCGACGUGAUAUCGUCACUAGAGCACAUUCUGCAGCAAGUCAAGACCGCCCAGCCAGGAACGGUGGAUCUGAGGGCGGUGGACGAGCUGUGCUUCCAGAUUCGCUAUCAGGCUCAAGUGAAGAGUAUGCAGUGA